CACCACACCACCUAGCUAUGAUCACUUUUUCUCUCAAAAAUCCCAAAAAAGGGUAGAAAGUAGAAAUUGAACCACCAUGCAGCCAGCAACACCAUAUACAACCUGGCCUCCGACCACCGCAACCUCCGCCGGCGGCUACACCAGCCUCGAGUCACAGCUAAGUGACAGUAGCAAAAGUGCGGAAAAUGAUGGCAUGACAAGUAGUACCAGUCAGGUUACGAGACUGGUAUCAGAAAAUGCAGUGAUUGCGUUUGGGAGACGGGGGUGUUGCAUGUGCCAUGUUGUCAAGCAACUGUUGCUGGGCCUUGGCGUUAAUCCCACCAUUUUUUUCGUUGACGAGGAAGAUGAAGGGGCGAUAAUCGAUGAGCUAUCGAAAAUCGCAGGCGUUUUGGAAGGGGAUGGCAAUGGGAAGGUGCAAUUUCCGGCUGUUUUUGUGGGCGGAAAGUUGUUUGGUGGGUUAGAAAGAGUGGUGGCUACACAUAUCACCGGUGAAUUGGUGCCUAUGUUGAGAGAAGCUCGAGCUCUGUGGCUUUGACGGUUGACUUUGUCUUUGCCAAAAGUCUUUCAAUAUAUAUACAUAUAUAUAUAUAUAUGUAUGUAUAUUUUAAAUUGCAAGUUUGCAACAAUCCUAGGUGGUUAAUAUGCUUAGGUUUGUUUCUUCUCCGUAAGUUUUCAAUAUUGAGAGAUAUGCAGCAGGGCAGGAGACAUUUCGUCAUUGAUCUCCUUGUUUUUCUUCUUUGUGUAGAGGAUAAGGUUUUAGGACCCGUAGAUCAUGUAAUUUUGAUCUCUUAAACUCUUUCCGAUCGUAUAUGUCUCAUACUUUA